AACUUCCCUAGAAAAGAGUGGCUUAUGGCAGAAACACUUCAUAUACCUUACCACCUUUUAACCUUUGUUUUGUUCCAUUUAGCUUUGUUUGCAUCUUCAUCGUACAGCCUCUCUUUUGACUUCUAUGCAACUUCUUGCCCUACAGCUGAAAUAAUAGUGAAGAAUACAGUAAGAGAAGCUUCCUCUUUGGACCCAACACUUCCUGGAAAGCUUCUUCGCUUGGUUUUCCAUGAUUGUUUUGUGGAGGGCUGUGAUGCUUCUAUACUAUUACAAGGGAAUGGGACUGAAAGAAGUGAUCCAGCAAAUUCUUUCCUAGGAGGGUUUUCAACAAUUGAUUCAGCCAAAAGGGUGCUUGAAUUCUUCUGUCCAGGAACAGUUUCUUGUGCUGAUAUUCUAGCUUUAGCUGCCAGAGAUGCUGUCGAAUUUGCAGGAGGGCCAAGUGUGCAGAUUCCAACAGGAAGGAGAGAUGGGAGGAUUUCUUUGGCUUCAAAUGUGAGGCCUAAUAUAAUAGACACAAGUUUUACAAUGGAUCAAAUGCUUAAGAUAUUCUCAGCUAAGGGCCUAUCGUUGGACGACUUAGUCACCCUCUCAGGGGCACACACAAUAGGAUCAGCACAUUGCAACGCAUUCAUGGAUCGAUUCAAAGUUGAUUCCAAGGGAAAUUUCACUCUUAUUGAUUCAUCUCUCGAUAGAGAAUACGCGGCACAGCUAACCAAAAGAUGUCCAGGAGGGGCAGCAGCUACAUCACCUACUACAGACAACGACCCAGAAACACCUAAUUUAUUUGACAACCAAUACUAUAAGGAUCUCCUGGCUCACAAGGGCCUCUUUCAAUCUGAUUCAGUUCUGGUAAGUGAUAAGAGAACAAUCAGCAAAGUUCAGAAUUUUGCAAAUAAUCAAGACAGUUUCUUUGAGCGUUGGGAACAGUCGUUCUUGAGGCUUACUAGCAUUGGGGUGAAGAUAGAUAAUGAAGGAGAGGUUCGACAAUUAUGUGCAGUUGUUAAUUAAGUGAUAAUCAAAUAAAAGAGCUAUUGAAAUAAUUUUUAAAUUU